UACUACUGAAGUGCAUUUUUGUUUCCAUUGAUUGUCUUUCUUUAUACAACUCUGGCAGACGAUUUUUCAUUUUAAGAUUAUUGAUAUAAAACAGGAAAGAAAGCCUAUAUAUAUAAGUUUUAAUCCAGCGAUGGAAGAUCAGCGAUUGUUUCAAAUCAUUCAGAAUACCAGUAAAGGAAAAAUAUAUUCUAUAAAUGAAACAUUAAUCAAUGAAACCAUUUCAUCAACCUCACAGUCGCCUCUGAAAAUAGCAGCCGAUUUCAGUGUUAAGAUUACACUAAUACUUGUAAUGCUAGGAAUGGGUAAUACUGUUGAAAUAAAGAUUCUUAUUGGUCACCUGAAAAGGCCAAUUGGAAUCGCUAUUGGGAUGCUCUCGCAGUUUGUUGUUCUUCCAGCUGUUACAUUCGGUCUUGCGCAUGCUCUACAGCUUCCACCAAUACCAGCCCUUGGAAUGCUUGUGAUUGGAUGUUGUCCAGGAGGUACUACUACAAAUGUCUUUUCUUACUGGACAGAUGGAGAUGUAGCUCUAAGUAUUUCUAUGACAGCUGUAUCAACAGUUCUUGCCAUGGGUAUGUUGCCAUUAAAUCUCCUUAUCUAUAGCAGAAGCUGGACAGAUGAACCUUUGAUCAUACCAUACGUUAACAUACUUAUAUCUUUUGGACUUACAUUAGGACCGGCUCUUCUUGGAAUCUUCAUCAGAUGGAAAUUUCCGAAGGUUGCUGAUGUUCUCGUCAAGGUUGGAUCUGUCGCAGGUGCAUUAGCAAUUUUAUUGCUUUUAACUUUACUAAGUAUACAGUAUCCCUUCAUGUAUCAUUCAACAUGGAGGAUAUAUAUUGGAACACUAAUUCUGCCGUUUGCUGGUUUCCUGUUCGGAUACCUCGUAGCUCUGCUACUUCGCCAGGAUCACGUGAGAUGUAGGACAAUUGCCUUGGAGACGGGUAUACAAAAUUUCCCGCUUUGUAUGAGCUUGUUAACAUUGACAUAUUCCAAUGACGUGUUUGCAGAAAUUUCUUUGUUUCCAUUACUUUAUGGUGUAACAUGUAUACUUUGUAGUUUAGUGUUUUUAGGAAUUUAUCGGUUAGCUGAAAGAAUGAAACAAUAUAGAAAAUAUAAGAAAAGUUCAGGUACAGAAACCACUGAGGACAAAGCUGUCAGCUCCGCUUUGAAAAUUAAAUCCGACGAUGCAGAGAUUCGUCUGUAGGAAGAUUUGCGUUUUCGUGAAAAUUUGAAUCUCAAUCAUAUUAGUUGACUCCAAAAUCAAAUAAAGAUUUAUAUGUGUUUUGAAUUGAUUUUCUCAAUUAAAUAUCAAUAUGUUCAUUUAAAUGUAUUCGAAUGAGUAUUCGUCACACCAUUUCGCACACAUUUUAUCGUUAAUUUGGAAUCAAUAAACACACUAGCCGGGUCAAAAUACCUUGAAUGUACGUAAAUUCACAUUCUCAAAGCUCCUAAACAAGUUAUGUGUACCUUUAUAGAUUGAUGUCAUAACGCAACAUUUCUGGAGGUUUAAACUAGUUGUAAUCAUGCUAUCCCUUUUCCUAAAGUUAAGUUUUACGGACGCUAAUUAAUAUAUUAAAUGU